AUGCCCGGUGAAGUCAGGUUCCACAGGGGCCAGGGCCAGAAAGUGCAGAAGGUGAUGGUGCAGCCCAUCAAUCUCAUCUUCAGAUACUUGCAGAAUAGAUCCCAGAUUCAGGUGUGGCUAUAUGAGCAAGUGAAUAUGCGGACAGAGGGCUGUAUUAUUGGUUUUGAUGAGUACAUGAACCUUAUAUUAGAUGAUGCAGAAGAAAUUCAUUCUAAAACCAAGUCAAGAAAACAACUGGGUCGGAUCAUGCUGAAAGGAGAUAAUAUUACUCUGCUGCAAAGUGUUUCCAACUAGAAAUGAUCAGUGAAUUAAGACAGCAAUGAGAAG